AUGACAACAGUUGGAACGCUCUCCACGGAUCUCGGUCCUGGUAACAAUAGUCUUGCAGAUGUGCCAUUGGCACCUACCAACUCCAUUCCAUUGAUUGUCACAACUGCAGCUGACGAUACUAAAUCAGACAAGCUCGCGACUGCGCCUGUUGAUGGCGCUGGUAUUAAAUAUAUCCAAGCGUGCUCGAAAUUGGAUAUGGAGCCCAACCCAUUUGAACAGAGCUUUUUAGGAUCAGCAACAACAACAACAACAAACAGCGCGGUGGAAUCCACAAGUGAAUCAUCUAAGACUGUCUUACCGCCUAUUGCCUCCAUGUCUAAUCGGUUGGCGCCCAACACAGAUCAAUUUGGAUGGGACAAACCUUCCCUCCGUAUGGGACCCCUUUCACCCUCCAUGCUGGAGGGACCGCAGGAACCUGUCGUGUUUGAAAAGACGACUGCGACCAGUCUCCCAUUGAGUUCAGCCUACCCAGCAACCACAGCACCUAUCUCCACCAUGUAUACCUCUGGAGCACCCAUUGCCGAAAACGGCUUCCCAUUCGUGAGUAUGGCCGGUAAUAGCGCUGCGUUGAUCCAGCCUACGACUGGAGGACCUAUUCCACCUACCAUGUAUAACCAACAGCCACCAGUAACACAAAUGCCUUCUCAGCAUGGAGCCCCUGCUCAGCAGCGACACCCCCAGUCUUUUGGCCAUCCCAACAGCCAAACGCCUAUGAACGACCGUUAUAUGGCUCCACAUGGUGGGCAACAUCUUGAGAAUCCAAAUGGGUAUGGUAAUCUCCAUCUGCUUAGCCAAGCUCAGGCGACACAUCGCGAGAUGUGGAUUAAGCGGGAGAGCAUUGACGGGAAUGCCCAUCUCGUCCCUGGUCAGCAACCACCACAUCAACAUCAGCAGUCAUCUCAGCCAAACAUUACUGGGAUGCCAGUGGGUAACACUGCUCAGCAGCAGUUUUCAUCCAAGGGCAGUGCUCAGCGUAGCAGGAUGACUUCAGAGGAGCAUAGUGAUGAUUCUGAGCGCUCAUCAAAGCCGUCAAACGAAAGAUCAAGCAAGAAGCGAAGCGCCACUGAUGACAAAAUGGAUGAAGAAGAGAAACGAAGAAACUUUUUGGAACGUAAUCGUCAAGCUGCACUUAAGUGUCGCCAACGCAAGAAGCAAUGGCUGUCCAAUUUGCAGGCCAAAGUAGAAUACCUCACUACAGACAAUGAGCACCUUCAGACACAAACUGCGGCUCUUCGGGACGAAAUCAUUCAUCUCAAGGCUUUGCUCUUGGCCCACAAAGAUUGCCCAGUGGCCAGAGCCAACGGCGUAUUCCCUGAGACGAUCAGUGUCUCUUCUGGCAACCAUAGUCACAACCAUAGUCACAGUGGUAUGUCACAUGGAUCAAGAGGAGCAUCUGGUUCACAACCAUCAGGGUCCCACCCAUCACAUCCUCGCGGCGACGUUUCAAACGGAUCACGCGGAUCACUACCAGCUCAUAUGCAGACCGGUGGUGGUACUCGCAUGUCCAUUCCAUCUACAGCCGCGACCGCUGGAUCGGCCGUUUCGAGCGGUGGUGUACGGUAUUAA